CCUCAGCGGGACCCCCUGCACCACGGGGGUCGGGGGACCCUCAACCCUGCCCUUUGCCCAUGGGGAUCGGCGAGACCCCAACCCUUCCCCAUCACCACCAGGAGCCAGGAGGCCCCGCCCCUCCCUGGCAUCACCGGGUGCAGCUGCUCGGGUCCGAGCCGUCCCCUCCCCCACACCCCCGCCGGCCUGCAGCGCCGAUGCCCGGGAUAGGGGCGGUGGGAGCGCGGUGCAGGGCACCGGCCGAGGAGGAGCCCCAGGAAGGGCCCCGAGGCCGAGCCGGGCCGGGCCGGGGCCGCCAUGGACGCAGCGAUCUGGAUCUAUCAGUUCCGGCUGAUCGUGCUGGGCGACUCCACCGUGGGCAAGUCCUGCCUCCUGCACCGCUUCACCGAGGGCCGCUUCCCGGGGCCGCUGCACUGCGACCCCACCGUGGGGGUGGACUUCUUCUCCCGCCUGGUGGAGAUCGAGCCCGGCAAGCGGGUCAAGCUGCAGCUGUGGGACACGGCGGGGCAGGAGCGGUUCAGAUCAAUAACACGAUCUUAUUACCGCAAUUCUGUUGGUGGCUUACUGGUGUUUGACAUCACAAACCGGCGAUCUUUUGAACAUGUGAAAGACUGGCUAGAAGAAGCUAAAAUGCAUGUACAGCCAUUUCAGAUUGUGUUUCUGUUAGUGGGACAUAAAUAUGAUUUAGUGUCACAGCGUCAGGUUACAAGAGAAGAAGCUGAAAAACUGUCAUCUGCCUGUGGUAUGAAAUACAUAGAAACCUCAGCAAAAGAUGCCACAAAUGUUGAAGAAUCCUUUACGAUUCUGACCCGAGACAUAUAUGAACUUGUAAAGAAAGGGGAAAUUUCUAUACAGGAUGGAUGGGAAGGUGUUAAGAGUGGCUUUGUUCCAAAUGUUGUCCAUUCAUCAGAGGAAGCUGUAAAGCCUAGAAGACGAUGCAUCUGCUAAACUCAUAGCAUGCCAAAGAGCAUAUCAGGUGUUCAGAGAAUGAUACCAACAUAAAUAACAUCACUUUGAAGACAUAAUAGAUCAUGUUGUAGCUGAAUCACCAAAUGAUAAUUCAUUUUUGUAUCAUUUUGUCCAAUUCAUAACUUCAUAAAAUUUAAAGUGCUUUUUCCCCACAAUACAAUAACUUUGAGCAGUCUUCAAGAAAAGAAAUUACAUAUUGCUUAAGGAAAAAUAUGUGCUAAGUAGCAAGAUGUUGAGAAAGUGCAAUAAUCAUCAUGGUAGCAUCCUUUAUAGCCUUUGUAUUUUGAACAGAGUUUAAAAUCAAGCUCUUGUAUAUAGGCUAAGUGUUGAUAAGCUCAUUGUUCAUCCUGCCUCCAUUUGGGAUAAAAAAUAUUAUAACCUGUAUUUUUUUAUUGUGAUUCUUCAUUCACAAAGAUGGAUUUGCUGAAAGACAGCUAAGAUUUAGAGCUCUGUAGAAUUUAAUAAUAUAAAUCACUUUGAAGAAAGCAAACUGAAAGAUUGCUCCAUCAGCGAACACUUUUGUUAUGAUUGUGAAUACAAGCCUUACUAGGGAACAAGAAUGAAUUUGAGAAGACUAAUAUAUUUAUAUACUAAAACAGGGAACAGAAGAAAUGCAGUUUAGUAUGACAUUUUCUGAAUCACCAGUGUAACUAGUUGUAAUGAAACAAAUGGUACAGCCAUUAUUCUAGAUGCACAGAAAAUAGAUUUUCCAACUACUAGAAGCUAUAUACCAAGAAGGUAAUUUAAAAUUUGUGAAGUGUAAAAUUUUUGUUCAAAAUAGGAGUUGCUUUAGGCAAGUAUGAUUAUCAUAUAUUAAGGAAUCAAUUUAUACUUCUGAGCUAUAAUAAUUAAUUCAUCCAUGAAAAUAUUUAUCACAGUUGAUAACCUAAUAUUCAUUGGGCCAGAUCCUCAGCUGGGAUCAUUGGCGUAAAGUUACACCAAUUACACAAGCUGAAGAUCUUGUCCACCAGCUUUAGAGAAUAAUUCUGAUUCUGACUAGGAGUAAAAUUCAAGAAAAUAUUUAGGGCUGUGUCUAAGGGGACUCCUUCCCUGAAUAUGGAGAAAAUAGGGAUUGUUUUUUUCUCAGUCACUCUUUGUCAAACUGUAAUCCACAGAAUGAAAGGUUCUGAGAAUCUAGCAGUUGGGAAUUGGCAUAUUGGGAGGGAAGGGAGUCCAUAAAAGGAUUUCACUCUCAAGAGGUAGGCACAGAAUGAAAAAAGUUGGAGGAUCCCUGCUCUAAGAAAUCAAAGAACACUGAAUCCUAAACCAAGAAAUUUGACCCAGCAAGCCUGCUGCAUUUUAUCUGACCUUGGGCUCACGUUCCUAACUACCUAUGGGCAUAACACAUACUUGCUUUGUGCAAAAUAUUCCCCUAUGUGUCACUUUUAUGCCAAGGAACCCAAUGUCACUUGUAUCUUAGCAGCAAAACAGAUGGAUGGCUCACAGCUGAUGAGCACUCACCUCUGAAUCAAUUGCACUAAAAAUCCCUUGACUUCAAAUGGCAUUGAACUGAACUCUUCAAGGGCCUGAUUCUCACUUAUAUUGAGGCCCCUUUAUGCUGGCAGAGUGAUAUAAAGGGGCCUUAGUAUAAAUGGGAAUCUGGCCAUAAGACUCUAGUGCCAUACUAUAGCAGUUAACAAAAAUCUGCUGUGUGCUGUGAACCAACCUAUUCCUGUGUAUUACAUGCUGCUAUAGGAAGGGGCCUGAUUCUUCACUGAGUUUCAACUUUUAGAACUUGUCUAUACACUUAGUUUACUGCUAGCUGGGGUGGUGCAGCACAUUAAGGGUAUGUCUACAUUGCAAAGAACCCCCUAUGGCACCAAGUCUCAGAGCCCAGGUCAACUGACUCGGGCUUGCGGAGCUCAGGCUGCAGGGCUAAAAAUAGCAGCAUAGACAUUUGGGCUGGUGUCAUGCCCCCCACUUUUUAACAUGGGUAUAGUUUUGGGGGGCAGGGUUGGCACCUGCAUGAGGCUUGCAAUUUCGGGGGGGCAAUGCCACUCCCUGCUACUCAAAAUAUGACCAUGUUAAAAUGGGGGAGUGCAUAGCCUCCUGGUUCCGACAUGGCCCUCCCACUGUUACAAAGGUUCCAGGUUUCAGACAGGUCUCAAAAUAUUUCCUCAUAGCUUAUAAGGGAGACAGUAUAGUCCAAUGGCUAAAGCAUCAGAUUGAGAGUCAGAAGACCUGAAUUCUGACUCGUGAACCAUGGGCAAGUCACUUAACCUCUGUGCCUCGGUUUCCUCAUCUCUAAAAUAAGAAUGAUAGUUCUUACUCACCUUUGCAAAGCCACUGAGAUCUAGUGCAACUAUAAAUUCUUGGAGGCAGGGACUCUUACCUGUGUGAUUGUACAGCACCUGUCACAAUGGAGCCUGGAGAUUAUGGCUGCUACCACAAUGCAAAUAAUAGUUACAUGGAUGAAAAGAGCUAUAUAAGUGCUAAGUAUUAUUAUUUAAGUCUACAUUUAAUUGCACACAUCCCCAGGCCAAAGUUGUUCAUUUUGAAAAAAGAUUCCUAAAUACUCUGCAGCCAACACACUUUUCUUUCUAUGUGGAAGAUUUUUGGUGUUGGAACAGUGGGGAAAUAUGCACAGACUAAUGCAACAAUCAUCAGAAUAGAGCCUUAAUGAUCUCUAUUGGGAAUGUUGUAGUCUUCAAUCAAUUAAUUAUGGUGGGAGGAGUGGUUUAACCAGAUUUGACUGUGUGGGGAAUUGCCAGAGCCAAUGAAACCAGAAAGGAUUUGCAAUGCAUUUUAAAUUACUGUGCACAUAUUCAUCUUAUUUGUAGCACCUAUAACUGUAGAGUAAUGUGUAAAUUCAAACAUUGCAUAUCUAGAUAACAUAUUAAAAUGAUACAGUAUCUUCUCACUACACACAUUUAAUAGAAGUCUCUGCUGUAUAGCUGACUUGCUGAAAUGUAUGAACUUGCUUUUAUAUGUUUUGCAGUGCAAUAUAUAAGUAACAGCUUGAGCACACUGUAGAUAUCUGAUUAUAUCUUAAUGCACCUUAAUUCUUUUUUCAAGAAAGUUUAAAGAUAAUCACUUGAAACUAAUAGUGGAGCUUAAUAUUGUUCUUUAUAGAUCAUUUUGCCUGCCAAAUUAAAACAUAGAAAUGGUAGAGGGAAAAAUAAUCCUUUAAAUUAAAUAUUUUUUUCUGAAGUAUUUUAUGUAUGGUAAGUCCCAUUUAUGGAUAAAUAGAAUUGUAAAAACAAGUCUGUCUGCAUUUGGAUUCCAUGUCCAUUAAUGCAUUGGUUCUCAACUAGGGAUACGCAGAAGUCUUCCGGGGAUACAUCAAUUAAUCUAGAUACUUGCCUAGUUUUACAACAGGCUACAUAAAAAGCACUAGCAAAGUCAGUACAAACUAACAUUUCAUACAGACAAUGACUUUAUACCUCUCUGUAUACUAUACACUGA